CUGCCACAAAAUGGAUGUUUAGAGAGAGAGAGAGGGGUAGCGCAAUGGGUAGAACGGCAGGCCAAAAUGAGGACAAGGUAGGGGCGUUCUUCGUGGCCACUCUGGUUUUGUGGUUCGUCUCCGUCUGCUUCGAAAUUCUGUUCAACAAGCGCUCCGAGCUGCUCACCGUCGUCGCCGGAUGCUUCUUCUUCCAAACCGCCAACUGGGUCAUCCGCUUUUUCGCUUCCCCUGACCCUCUCUUCGUCAACACCUCCGUCUCUCUUCUCCACUCCACCAUUACCUCCUCUUCAGUGGUUUUCAUUUUGGUUAAUCAGUGGUUGAGAAGUGGUCCGAGUGGGAUGUUUGAGCACUCUCAGCUGUUUGGGGGCACUUGGCCAUGGGCAUACGCUGCUUUGUGCUUCUCAUGUGGUUACUUUGCUUAUGACCAAUGGGAUAUGUUGCAGUACCGAUUGUAUAGUGGUUUUAUCCCGGCCAUUCUGGUGCAUCAUCUUAUACUCCUCAUUUGCUUUACUCUCGCCUUGUACCGGAAUGUCACCAUCAACUAUCUUAUUCUCACCCUCGUUUGCGAGCUUCAUUCCAUCUUUCUCCACGUGAGGAAAGUGCGGCGUAUGGCUGGAUUUUGCGACGCCACAAGCACACUAGUUAGGAUAGAAUGGGUUCUAAAUUGGGUUACCUUCUUUGUAGCGAGGUUUGCAUCCCACAUUCUCAUCACUGUCAAGCUCAUCUGGGAUGCUUCCAAAUUCAAAAAAGGUGUGGAGCUGCCAUUAGCCCUAUUUGGAAUGGCCGGAAUGAACUUGCUCAACGUCUUCCUCGGAUUUGAUCUCUUCAAUGCUUUCAGAAGGGAGAAGAAUUCUCAGCACACCAAUUGCCAUCGCGAAUGACAUACUCAGUGAUUCCAAUAACAAAGUUGUAGCUUGGAUGUCGUGUGGAGGAGGAACAACCUUAGGAGGUUUUAUUGAUAGAAUCGACAAAGUCGUUUGUUCAACGUGACGUUGCUGGUGAAGAUCAAUGAGAAAUGCCAUGUCGUUUGCUUGUUAGACACGACAUUGACAGCCGAAUCUUUUAUAGAGUUUGUUUACCUGUUAGAACAAUAUUUUAUUAUCACAAUAAAACCUUUUCAGUAAAGAGAUGUUGACUUAAGAGAGAACAACAUGUCAUUAAAGAUUUUUUUUU